UUAGCAAUAAACAGGCCAGACAUACUGUAGAUGCACUGGACCUAAUGAUGGAUGUCUUUUUUUUCCAACGGGAAGACUUCUCAAAAUAAAUAAACCCACUGACAUCGCUAAUAGCUCAGAUAUUCUACAAAAAGAAACCCAAGAUCACUCAAAGCCAUGCCUCGGCCAGGCAAGAACUCCUACAGCGACCAGAAACCUCCUUACUCGUACAUCUCUCUGACUGCCAUGGCCAUCCAGAACUCCUCAGAGAAGAUGCUCCCUCUCAGCGACAUCUACAAAUUCAUCAUGGACCGCUUCCCGUACUACCGUGAGAACACACAGCGCUGGCAGAACUCGCUCCGCCACAACCUCUCCUUCAACGACUGCUUCAUCAAGAUCCCUCGGCGCCCAGACCAGCCUGGCAAGGGCAGUUUUUGGGCGCUGCACCCGGACUGCGGUGACAUGUUUGAGAACGGCAGCUUCCUGCGUCGCCGCAAGCGCUUCAAGGUGCUUCGUAUGGAGCACAGCGCCUGCAAGAGUGCUCCCAUCCUUCACCCGUACCACCCUCACGCCCAGCAUCAUCACCCACAUCAUGCGCACCAGCAUGCCAACAAACUCAGUAUGGGGCAUCCAGACUACCUGGGCACCGUUGGGCGCUUGUCCCACUUCCAGAGCUACGCUUUGGGGGGUGGGCAAAGCGGAGGCUUCAAACACCCAUUUGCAAUCGAGAGCCUGAUCGGACGAGACUACAAGGGGGUGAUGGCAGGUGGGCUGCCCAUCGCCUCUGUCAUGCAUCACCUGGGCUACUCGGUACCCAGUGUGGUUAACUCUGUGUGGCCACACGUAGGUGUGCUCUCUGAAUCAACCCCUGUCUCAUCUGAGUAUCCACCAUUUGGGGUGGCAGUCAAGGGGUUGUACCACCACACAGGAAGCCCUAACAUGCCUGCUGUGCCUGUUCCCAUUAAGCCCACGCCGACACUAGGUGCUGUGCCAUCUCUGAGUGGCCUGACACCAGGGUCAGCUCAGCUCUGCACCCGGAUGGACAGAGAAGCAACAGAUCUGAUGGAGGACAAAACCGGAGCGCUUCAUCCCUCUCUGCUGCAGUCCUGAAAUUAAAGCGGUACAGUAAGAGUGUCGUGAUGUGAGGGUAUGUACUGCUGCAUGCUUUGGACACUAUUCCAUACCAAGUAACCACAAGAGACUGAGACAGAUCUUAUGUCAUGGAGUGUGACAUUUUGUUUCCUUUUAUCGUGAACUUAGAUGCUUCCUAGGUGCUGAUAACCUUGUAUAGCAUUGUAUUCUUUCUUUCUCUCUCUCUCUCUCUCUCUCUCUCUCUCUCUCUCUCUCUUUUUCUCUCUCUCUUCUGUAUAAAAUACAUACUGUUUAAUUUGCAUAUUGCACUUCCCUUGCAAAACUUAGGUAGGCUGUUUGCAGGUAGUCUCUAUACGUGUUGUAACAAUCAUCGUGAAACACGACAAAACUUUGUCUGUGUUUAUUGAGAAUUUUUUUGUAUUAUUUAUAAAUUCAAGGAGCCUGAUUUAGGCUUUGUCUCUGCUUUUCUUUCGACUCCCUUUUGACUGUAUAAAACAACUUUUGUAUUCUGUAAAUCUGUGCUACUGAAUUGUAUAAAGUCAAAUCAAUUUAACGCAUAUUGAAUAAUAUUUGUACACAUUAUAGCAUGCCUGGCAUGCAUGAUUGCCUUUGUAAAGAUGCUCUUCUGGAAUGCACUGUGUUGGGAAGAAACGCUGUCAUUAAAUGAACCCAAAGUUAUAAUGUGAAAUUGCUGUUAAAAAAUAGAAGAAGAAGAAUGAAAGAUGUUGAAAUGUUUUAUGUACAGACAUGUAAGUGUUCAGUGAUGUGCAUAAAAACAUGUAAGGACUACUUUAAUGAGGUCCUUGCUUGUGUUAAAUAUGGGUUUUCGUCUUUCGAACAGCCUUAAUUCCACAGCUAAAUUGAAUUGCCUAAUAUACAGUAUGGGGAAUGGUAUAUUUGUAGUAUAUUUAAUGAUUUAUUGUGGUACAACUGGAAUAGAUAAGGAACUCAAAUGAGAUGUUUUGGGGAUAUCAGUA